AAGGGACAACAACGGGACAACGGGAGACAACGGGUUUGCCGGGAUGGCAAAACAACGUUUGCCGGGUCACCCAGUGUUUUACUAAAUUUGUAAUGUGUUUAGAGUAGCUGCAGUUCUGUAAUUACAAAUGUGAAGAAAGCACAAAAAACAGACCAAUAUAUAAUUGAGGAGGAUGGUGAUGAAAUAGAAAGCGAAAUUAUUGUCUUAGAAAUGGAAUAUGGAGAAACUUCAGAAAUAGAGACAUCAAAAAAUAUAUUAUGUAAUGACGAGCACAUUUCAAAGAACAGAGUAGACAAUUCUGCAGGUAAUAGGUGGAGCAGUAGACGAAGACCUGAACUAUCAAAAAUAGGAAACAUUGCUUUGCGAUAUGAAGAAGUAGCAGAAAUAAAAAAAGAAGUGCUGAAAUGUCAGCUACAAACUAUGCAGGCAGAAAAAGCAGAAUUAGAAGAAAAAAAUGAAUGGGAGAGAAAACGUCGUCAGCUACAAGAAAAUAGAGAGAAAGAACAAUUUGAAUUAACAAAUAAAGCUCUUGAGCUCGAUGUGGAGAUAAAAAAGGCUCAAUUAACGGCAUUACAUGCAGUGAAUCAAGCAAAUCAAUAGCUUAAGUCAUACUCUUUGUUUUCAGCAUUUGUUUGUAAAUUGUUUCUUACUACAUAUUUAGUUCCCGUUAAAUUAAAUUAGUUUCUUUGAUAAAUGAGUUUAGUACUUGUUAAAUAAAAUAUUGUUUUUAA